CUCGCAAAAGCAGUGGUUGGAGAAGAACUUCCAACCAUUACGUACCACCGUAAAUGCCGCAAUAAAUUUACUUUGAAAAGAGAUCUAUACAACAUAUGUAAAGAGAGAAUUCAAGGCAAUGAACCAGAAUUAUCAGAAAGAAGAUCCUCUUUUCGGGAACCCCCAACAAAAAGCACAACGUAUAAACGAGUUUGCAGUUUCUGUGACAAAGUUAGUAAGUACGCUAAAGGCAAAGAUGUAUGGGAGAAACUGAUUCAAGGCAUUGAUCUGCGUGCAGACGAAAAUAUCAGAAAGACUGCGUUGGCAAAGAAUGAUAGCAAGUUAUUAGCUAUUGUGUCACGAGAUUUGGUAGCAGCUGAGGCAUGCUAUCACGGAACUUGCCACAGAGAAUACACACGACCAAAGCCAGAAACAGGCACAUCCUCGACUUUAUCAUUUACAUCUCAGGAUGACCAAUAUGCUUGCACUGAGGCAGCAGCGUAUGAGAAGCCUUUCGAUUAG